AAGGAGAUGGGAAGUGUUCCUGCAUAUGAUGUGUAUAUCUGAUAGGGGCAAUUUAUUAAGGAUCUUGGACUUUGGCAUGGUGUUGUACAUACAGCUCAUUCAGAUUCAGAUUUACAUUUAGGCAAGGCCACACCAUACAACUUCGUGUUAAUCUUGAAGUUGUGUAAGCCAGAAUGGACAAGGAAAGAAAUGUCUACAGAGCUCAUUGUUUGGUCUUGGCCUAUCCAGCGCAAGGCCACAUUAAUCCCAUGAUGCAAUUCUCGAAGCGUUUGGAGCACAAAGGAGUAAAAGUUACACUCGUUAUUACCAAAUCCAUCUCCAACACCAUGCAUAAAGAAGCCACCUCCAUUGCUCUUGAGACAAUCUCCGACGGCUAUGAUGAAGGCGGGAUAGCACAAGCUGAGAGCAUCCACGCCUAUUUGGAGCGCUUCCAGCGAGUCGGGUCGCAAACUCUAGUUGAGCUCAUUGAGAAAGUUUCUAGCUCAGGCUGUCCUGUUGAUUGUGUUGUUUAUGAUCCUUUUGUGCCUUGGGCUCUAGACGUAGCCAAAAAGUUUGGAUUACUCGGGGCUGUGCUUUUCACUCAAUCUUGUGCUGUUGAUAAUAUAUAUUACCAUGUUCACAAAGGAGUACUGAAACUCCCGCUUUCAGAGACUGAAAUUUUGCUUCCUGGAUCGCCUCCUCUCGGACCUCAAGAUAUGCCAUCCUUCAUUUAUGAUUUCGGAUCCUACCCGGCUUACUUUGACACGCUUGUGGGUCAAUUCUCCAACGUUGAUAAGGCUGAUUGUGUCCUUGUCAACACUUUUUAUGAGUUGGAGCAAGAGGUUGUGGAUAGGAUGAACAAGAUAUGGCCAUUAAAGACUAUAGGACCAACCAUACCAUCUAUGUUCUUAGACAAGCGACUUGAAGAUGACAAAGACUAUGGUUUGAGCAUCUUCAAACCGGACACCGAUACUUGCAUGAAAUGGUUAAAUGGUCAUCCAAAGGGGUCGGUUGUUUAUGUUUCUUUUGGGAGUUUUGUCGAUUUUGAAGUUGAACAAAUGGAAGAAAUAGCGUGGGGAUUGAGAAUGAGCAAUAGAUGCUUCUUGUGGGUUGUAAGGGAAUCAGAAGAGGAAAAACUCCCUAAACAUUUUGUAGAGGAGACAUCUCAAAAGGGAUUGGUUGUUCGUUGGUGUCCUCAGUUGAAGGUGUUGGCUCACGAGGCAGUGGGAUGCUUUGUGACACAUUGUGGGUGGAACUCUACUUUGGAAGGCCUUAGCUUCGGUGUGCCGAUGGUCGCAGUGCCAUAUUGGUCAGACCAAAGCACGAAUGCAAAGUAUAUUAUGGAUGUCUGGAAGAUGGGACUGAAAGCUCCAGUUGAUGAGAAAGGAAUUGUCAGGCGAGAAGCAGCAGAACAUUGCAUCAAGGAAAUAAUGGAGGGAGAGAGAGGAAAAGAGAUAAAGAAAAAUUCUUUCAAGUGGAGGAAGCUGGCCAAAGAGGCUGUUGACGAGGGUGGAAGCUCUGAUAAAAACAUCGAAGAAUUUGUGACUACAUUGGUUGACUCUUUGUCCAUUUCCUAAGUUGGAGCUGUUUCUUUGUCAAGUCGAAGUGAUUAUGUAAUAAAUUUGGCUUGUGAUGAGCUAUUAUUAUUAUUAUUUUAGUUUUAAAUAAAAAAAUUUAAUUAUGAAGACUA